GAGGCUGCCUCUCUCACAGGCUCCACGCGGACCAGGCUGCGUUGCGCCUCCGACUCUCAACUUUUUUACAUUACAACUCCUCUGCAACUCUCACUUUUUAUUGCCUGGCAGCGGAGGGAUGGUUCCUGGAAGGAGGUCACACCCCAGCUGAGCAUUUUCACCUUGGAAAGUUCGUGCGGCUGGUGAACGUCUCCGCGCGGAGUUUGUGAAUGGGGAGCGUCUUUUGGAGACUUUUACGCAUCGAGUUGAGUGACGCGCGGUUAGAUGUUUUGCGAGAUUUCGAGCGUCAAAUCCCAUUUUUAAAUGUCUUCCAAAUCUCCAAUGGCAAAGGACCGUUUUAAGGGGAUUAUGAUUGAUCGGCUCUCUUGAGAGAAACUUUGUUGAACUUUAUUCAAACAGCGAGUUUAAUUCGAUCCAUCCUCGCUGCGCCUUUUUCUAAUCCGACCGGCCUCUCUUGACCUUUUUCGGGAUCCUUACUCAAACAUACUCUGCUUCCCUGCGGAUCUUUUUCAUUCGCCCCACGUUGGAAGUCGCCUUGAGUGGAUAUCAUGCCUCCGACCGGGACCGGGACGGAGAAGUGGGUCGCGCUCUGUCGGCUUUGGCUUGCGGUUUUCGCGCUGAUGCUGUGCGCCGCUUCGGUCAAUGGAUGCCCGCACAAGUGCAGCUGCUCCGGGUCGCAUGUGGACUGCCAGGGUCUGGGUUUGAAGACCGUGCCCAAAGGAAUACCGAGGAACGCGGAGCGCCUGGAUCUGAACAGGAACAACAUCACCAGAAUCACUAAAGUGGACUUCUCUGGCAUCAAGAACCUCCGGAUUCUUCAUCUGGAGGACAACCAGAUCAGCGUCAUCGAGAGAGGAGCCUUCCAGGACCUCAGACUGCUGGAGAGACUGCGUCUGAACCGAAACAAGCUCCAGUUCCUCCCGGAGCUUCUCUUCCAGUCCAACCCCAAACUCGGACGACUAGACCUCAGUGAGAACCAGAUCCAGGCAGUUCCCAGGAAAGCUUUCAGAGGAAUCACCAGCGUCAAGAACCUGCAACUAGACAGCAACCACAUCAGCUGCAUCGAAGAUGGAGCUUUCCGAGCGCUGCGCGAUCUGGAGAUUCUCACCCUCAACAACAACAACAUCACCCUCAUCCCCCUCUCCAGCUUCAACCACAUGCCCAAGCUGCGGACACUGCGGCUGCACUCCAACAGCCUCCACUGUGACUGUCACCUGUCCUGGCUCUCGGACUGGCUCCGGGCCCGGCGGGGCUUGGCCCCCUUCACCCAGUGCAUGGCCCCCGCCCACAUGAGGGGCCUUAACGUCCCGGACGUGCAGAAGAAGGACUUCCUGUGCAACGGUCCAGCUCAGGCGGAGUCCAGGCCUUGUGUUCCUCAGGUGGCCGUGUGCCCUCCCAGCUGCAGCUGCAACAACAACAUAGUGGACUGUCGGCGCAAAGGGCUCACGGAAAUCCCGGCCAACCUGCCUGAAAGCAUCGUGGAGAUUCGGUUGGAACAAAACUUGAUUAAAGGUGUCCCAGCAGGAGCCUUCACUGCCUACAAAAAGCUGAAGAGAAUUGACUUGAGUAAGAACCAGAUUUCUGACAUUGCUGCAGAUGCCUUCAGUGGGCUUCGCUCGCUCACCUCACUAGUGCUGUAUGGCAACAAGAUCACAGAGCUGCCCAAGGGAUUGUUUGAUGGACUGGUUUCCCUGCAGCUACUGCUGCUGAAUGCCAACAAAAUUAACUGUCUGCGAGUCAACACCUUCCACGACCUGCAGAACCUCAACCUGCUUUCACUUUACGACAACAAGCUGCAAACUAUCAGCAAAGGACUGUUCACCCCCCUGCGCUCAAUCAAGACUCUCCACCUGGCCCAGAACCCCUUCAUGUGCGACUGUCACCUGAAGUGGCUCGCCGACUACCUGUUCGACAACCCCAUAGAGACGAGCGGCGCCCGCUGCAGCCACCCCAGGAGGCUCGCUAACAAGCGCAUCAGCCAGGUUAAAGGCAAGAAGUUCAGGUGCACAGGUCAGGAGGAUUAUCGCAGCCGUCUGAGCGGGGAGUGUUUCCAGGACCUGGUGUGUCCAGAGAGAUGUCGCUGUGAAGGAACCGUGGUCGACUGUUCCAACCUCAAACUGACCCGUGUACCUCCACACAUCCCUGAACACACCACCGACCUGCGGUUAAACGACAAUGAGAUUGCCAUCCUGGAGACUGCAGGGAUGUUUAAGAAGCUUCCCAAUUUGAGGAAGAUCAACCUGAGCAACAACAAGCUGAGGGACAUUCGAGAGGGUGCGUUUGACGGAGCCAGUGGCGUUUUAGAGCUGUUGUUGACGGGAAACAAGCUAACUGGCCUGCAGGGCCGCAUGUUCAGGGGCCUCACUGGCCUGAAAACACUGAUGCUGCGGAGCAACCAGAUCACCUGCAUCGACAACAGCACGUUCACGGGUCUGAGCUCUGUGCGUCUCCUGUCCUUAUAUGACAACCGGAUCUCCAGCAUCGCCCCGGGGGCCUUCUCCACCCUGCACUCCCUCUCCACCAUUAACCUGUUGUCCAACCCGUAUGUGUGCGAUUGUCACUUGGCCUGGCUGGGUCAGUGGCUGAAGAAGACCAGGGUGGUCAGUGGGAACCCUCGCUGUCAGAAGCCAGCCUUCCUGAAGGAGAUCCCCAUCCAGGACGUGGCCACGCCAGACUUCACGUGUGACGGCGCUGAGGACAACGGGUGCCUUCCUGCAUCUGGUUGUCCUGACGUCUGCACGUGCUCAGACGCUGUGGUGCGAUGCAGCAACAGAGGGCUGCACUCUCUGCCCAAAGGCAUUCCCAAGGACACCACCGAGCUUUACCUGGAGGGGAAUGCGCUGACAUCUGUGCCCAAGGAGCUGGCCGCCCUGAGGCAGCUGUCGCUGGUAGACCUGAGCAACAACAGCAUCAGCACACUGGCCCCGUACACCUUCAGCAACAUGACCCAGCUAGCCACGCUCAUCCUGAGCUACAACCAGAUCCGCUGCAUCCCCGUCCACGCCUUCGACGGCCUCAAGUCGCUCCGGCUGCUGACUCUCCAUGGUAAUGACCUUUCAACUAUCCCAGAAGGCGCCUUCAACCACCUCACCUCUCUGUCCCACCUUGCUCUUGGUGCCAACCCCUUGUACUGUAACUGUGACCUGCGUUGGCUUUCUCAGUGGGUCAAGGCUGGCUUCAAAGAGCCAGGCAUUGCUCGUUGUACUGGACCCCCUGACAUGGCCGACAGGCUGCUGCUCACCACACCGCUCAACAGAUUCCAGUGUAAAGGUCCAGUGGACAUCGGCCUGAUGUCGAAGUGCGCCCCCUGCCUGGCGUCGCCCUGCCAGAACAAUGGCACGUGUGUGUCUGAGGCCGGCGGAUCCUACCACUGCACCUGUCCGUAUGGGUUUAAGGGUCAAAACUGUGAAUUACCCAUCAAUGCCUGCAUCAGUUUCCCCUGCUCCAACGGAGGAACCUGCCACAUCCAGCCCGGCCUCGAAGGCCAUUUCAGCUGUGUGUGUCCGCCCGGGUUCGAGGGCCAGCGCUGCGAGUUAAACCCGGACGACUGUGAGGACAACGACUGCGAGAACAACUCGACCUGCGUGGACGGGAUCAACAACUACACCUGCGUCUGUCCACCUAAUUACGCAGGUGACCUGUGCGAGGAGGUGGUUGACCCCUGUCUCCAGGGCUUCGACCCCUGUCAGCACGAUUCAAAGUGCAUCCACGUCGGCCGCAGUUACAGGUGCGAGUGUUUGCCGGGAUACGUGGGCCAACACUGUGAGCAGGACUACAACGACUGCCUGGAGAACAAGUGUCAGCACGGAGCGGAGUGCGUCGACGCCGUCAACGGCUACACCUGCAUCUGCAGAGAGGGUUUCAGCGGCCUGUUCUGUGAGAACCCUCCUCCGAUGAUCCUGCUGCAGACCAGUCCCUGUGACCAGUCCGACUGCCAGAACGGCGCCCAGUGCCUGGUGGAUGUCGGGGAGCCCGUGUGCCGCUGCAUGCCAGGUUUCUACGGCAGCAAAUGCGACAAGCUGGCCACCGUUCACUUCCUGGGCCGGGACGCAUACGUGGAGCUGCCGGGCGCCAAGCUCCGCCCCACCGCCCACAUCGCGUUACAGGUGGCCACAGACAAGGACAACGGCAUCCUGUUGUAUAAGGAGGACCACGACCCGCUGGCUCUGGAGCUGUACCAGGGUCACAUACGCCUCAUCUACGACAUCGCCAACUACCCACCCACCACCGUGUAUAGCGUGGAGUCUGUGAACGACGGCCUCUUCCACACGGUGGAGCUGCUAAUUCAGAACCGCUCGCUCAGUCUGGUGGUGGACAACGGAGCUCCCAAGAGCCUGGGCAAGCUGGCGCGGCAGCCCUCCGUGGACCACAACAGCCAGCUUUACAUAGGAGGGGUCCCGUCUCAGGUUGUGGCCUUGGGUCUGCGGCCCGGACCCGACCGCUCCCUUCAGGCUUUUAAUGGCUGUAUUCACAAUGUCCGAAUCAACGGGGAGCCUCAAGACCUCAGCUACAGAACCACAGGAGGAGGAGGAGGCAAGAGCGACAGCGUCCUCGCAGGGUGUCACUCGUGCAGCGUGUGCGCUCAGGGCUCAUGCAGGGAGGGGGGUGAGGCGGGGGUGACCUGCGACUGUGGCCCCGGACGCAGCGGGCCGCUGUGUGACCAGACCACGGUACCGGGCCCCUGUCAGAACAGCAGGUGCGUUCACGGUCAGUGCGUGGCCAAGGGCCAGUCCUACAGCUGUCAGUGCAGCCUCGGCUUCCAGGGCCAGUUCUGUGACCGACGGCAGGAGCCGGCGGCCUGCAGAGGGCGGCGCUGUGGCCACGGGGAGUGCCGCGUGUCGGAGGGCGGGGAGCCGGUGUGCCUGUGUCAGCCCGGCUACACCGGAGCCGCCUGCGACUCAGAGCUGACGUGUCAGGGGGAGAUGCUGAGGGAGCAGCUCCGGCGCCACCAGCCCACCAGAACCUGCACGUCCACCAGCAAGGUCCCCCGCGUGGACUGCCCCCGGUCCUGCCAGGCCGCGGCGCCGCCCGGCGUCUGCUGCGGCGUCACCAAGAGCCGGAGGAGGAAGGUGGUGUUCCGCUGCAGCGACGGCGCCUCGUUCUCCGAGGAGCUGGAGAGCGCGCUGGAGUGCGGCUGCUCCAGGUGCCCGUUGUAACGGCGCCGCUGCCGUUUUUGUGAAUCACGCGUGUCGGAGCUUUGGCUCUGAGGCGUCGCCGCGUCGAUGAGCUUCGUUAUUAUGUGAUUUUUUUUUUUUUCAGUUCCCCACAUUCGCUUUGAUCGCGGCCGUUUUGCUGCCGAGACACAACAAGAAAUGGGACAAGUGUGCGUGUUUUAUGACAGAGAGAAAAUAUAUUGUAAGAUAUAAGUGAGAAAAACAUAGAACUUAUUUUUAUUAUGGAUUUUUGCUAAGAGAUGAUUAAAGGACUGAUGAGCUGUUUUUUAAUGUUUAUUAUAUAAUGUGUUACAUAGUAUAAAUGUUAUUUUGUACCUUGUAAGAAGCAAAAGUAUACCACAAACUAGAUUAACAUUCCUAAAGGUGACAUGAGUUUAUAUGUCUGUAUAAUUCUAUAUAAAUAUUUACCCUAACCCAAUGAACUGUAUAUUUUCUAAGUGUAAUUUGCAUGAUGCUGAUGUGCUGACGUGGGAGCCGGUUGUUCCACAGGGAGGAUGAGGUGACGCCCUCCCGGAGGCUGAAGGGAACUGAGCGUGUAGUUAACCUGCUUCACAACGACGUCGCUCUCACACGGUGUUUGUGGAGAAGACAUAAAGACUCUUUCCACAGAGACGGUUUUAACACUUGGUUCAAACGUUGUGUCAUUCUCCGGUUUUGCUGUUGCACACAGGACUCGGAGCCGCAUGAGCUUCAACACAAACACCUGGAAUCGGUACAAACCAAGCAAACCAACGCAAACACGGGGGUUUCCAGUCAUUCACUAUCAGUCGCAUUAUGGCCACGUUUACUAAACCGCAGAAACGCUUCAUUCUCUGACUGAUGAAGGAGCCUUAAAUGAAGCAUUUACACCAAAGCAAACUGAAUUUGCCUUAAACAGAUGUCGAACGAUGACGCAAACAGCUGAUCUUUACACUUCCAGUGCCUUGUGCUUAUUUUGACAGUGAAUCGUGUUGCUACUGAAUGUUCAUACUCGUUUGGGUUCAUGCAGUAUUGUGUUAGUGUUGUGUGUGGCACCUUCCUAAGUUGACCAUUGUCCUUUGAAAUGUGUCGAUAUUCCAAAGAAAGUCAAUUGAGCCAAAUAGAAGAGAAGCCUUAAUCUCCCCACAUUCCCCUGGAGUCAUUACAUCUCCAGAGGCUGAACCCUCAUCUUUAGUCUGAUGACUCCGUGCAGGUCUGUGCAUUUGAUGGGCAGUCAGUCCGUCAGUUUCAGUCAGUCAGUCAGUUUCAGUCAGUUUCAGUCAGUUCAGCGCUGAGGCUAAAAACGUGACUACAGACUCACAGACCAAACGACAGCAGUCUGACCUCAGCGAACCUCCUCAUUCAUGACUCACCUGCCUUUGUUCCUUUAUACUCGUGAACCGACCGACACAACUGAACAACUCUGUAGGUUUGUAUUAACUGCGACUAACAUAAUUAAAAUCAUAGUGAGAAACUAUAAUGUAACUACUACUGUAUUGUUUACUUUAUAUAUUGUUGCUCUGUUUACAACAGUUUAUUUACAGCUCUGCUAUUGUUGACAUAUCAGUGUUAUCCAUUAUUUCAGUUUUCCACCUUGUUUUUCAGUUUUCCACCUUUCGCUCCGUCUGAUCCUGCUUCAUGUUUUUCUCUACUCUCUCCUUUUGCAGGAGAGAAUAUUCACUCCUUUUCUUUUUCGUUCUCAUUUCUGCUCUGAUUCAUUCAGUCCUUCACUUUUUGUCUCCUUCGUGCUCUGGUUACCUCUUCUCCUAAAAGGUCAGAUUUUCAUUGUGAAGAGAAGAAAACACCUCAGUUAUUAACAACAAAAGUCAUUUCAAGUUCAAUUUUAAAAACAUGACUAUAUGAGUGAUAAUAAUUGUUACUUAUGUUGAAUGUUAAAAUUAAACUACAAUUGAAACUACA